CAGAUUAAAGAACGUUGAUGAUAUAAGUAGAAUUAGUUUUGGUUCUCUAUACUUGUUUCGAUAUUAUUUUGAUAUUAUUUUGAUACUAUUUUGAUACUAUUUUGAUAUUAUUUCAUCAUUCUUUCAAUAUUACUUUAUUACUUUAUUACUUUAUUAUUUUAUUACUUUAUUACUUUAUCACUAUCACUUUAAUAUCAUAAAUCUUAACAAUUUUAAAUAAUCAUUCAAAAUGUCAUUUCCUAUUAACUUAUUACCUAUUGAACUCCAAUUCAAGAUUAUUUGCAAAAGUGAUAUCAAAACAUGUGUCAAUUUAUUGAAAACCAACAAAAAACUAAGAUGUUUAACAUUACUUGCUUUAAAUUUCAAAGUCUCCAAGAUAUUGGGUGUUGAUUUGUUAAAACAAGAAUAUAAUGGCGACGAAUCUCUAAACAAGUUAAAUUUAAGUUUGUUUUCCCCACAAAAUAAAAGGUCUUCCAGUGACAAGUAUUAUUAUGAGUUGUUACCAGUUUUUGCAAACCGUGGUGAUAAUGAUAUUAAUGAAGAGGAUAUUAUUAAUAUUGGCAAGAGAUUUGAACAUUUCUCAGUGAAAUUGAACAAAUGUUUAUUAUCUAAAAAUUUAUUGUCUAAAGAAGUGAAAAAGGUUGAUGAAAACAAACAAAACUUGCAAAAUUUAGCCCUUGAAGAUAAUCGUGAUAAUAGCAAUGAUAAUCAAAAUGAUAGUCAAAAUGAUAAUCAAAAUGAUAAUCAAAAUGAAAAGGAUUUUUCAAUGAAUUUGCUAAUUAAUGAAUAUUCAUCCUUUUUCAAGUUUUUCUACACAUUAUCCGUCACUAAGGAUAAUAAGUCCAAUGACACCACCAUCAAAAGAAAUAAGCUAGCUGAAAACAGCUCAUCAAUUAAGCUAAACAAAAUGAAAUCGACAGUUUCAAACAAUUCUCUUAUCAAUAAAGGCAUCAAAUUGGAUUUGAAUGUUACCAAUCUUGACAAAGUGGAACCACCAAAACACGAUUACGACUUUGAUGUUUUUGAAAACUUCAAGUUGGACAUAAUCAACCUCCAAAUCAACACCUGUUUUCUAUUAGAUUUAAUUGAAUCUGGCAAUUGAUUCAAAAGACACUGCUCACUGUAUUAUAUUUUUUUUUUUUCAUUUCAUUUCAUUUCAUUUCUCUCCUUUCUCCUUUCUCUUACUUUUUCUCUGUUAUAACUCUGGCUGGCUUUCAUUCAUACCAAUGCAUUGCAUACCUGUCGGCAUUGGACAACUGUUUACUUUUCUAUUCCUGGCAUCUAUACACUAUCUAUAUACUAUCUAUAUAUUCUAAUUUAUAAUCUAUAAUUAUCAUCUAUAAUCUAUAACCCAUAAUCUAUAUACUCUAAUCUAUUAUACAUCAUUCAGCA